GUGUUCAAACGAUUUCUUUUACUAUUAGUAUUAGUAGCAAAUCCUACUUUUAUAUUUCGUCAACUCAGCAAUAAGUGGAGCAAUUAUGACUCUGUACAUGCCACCACUGUCAACCAAGAAGAGAGGAGGGGAACAAAAAACAGACUCCGACACUAAACGUGUAUUUGGUAACUACGAGGAGAACCUCCCCGCUUCCAAAAGCCACUACAGCACCACCCACAGCAACAUCCCAAGCCGGCGUUUCUCACCGGCCAAGUCCCGAACCCUCUCCCCAACCCGUCAGCACAACCCACACCCAUCCCAGGUCGGGUUCCUCAUGCAGGAUUGCCGUCUGCUCAACGCACCAAUCUGUGACGUCAAACCGCAGGCGAAGGAAGCGACCCAGGAUCCCAGUGGGGACAUGUGGUGGAAGUGGAAGGAGGGCCAGGGGGAAGUGAAGAAGGUGGUUCCAAAAUACAGUUACAACUCCACGAACAGAGACCAGUUUCGGACACCUGAGAAAGGCCAGACUGGUCAGACAAGACAUGGCAGCAACCCUAGUACUCAUACCUCAGGAAUCGUGCCAAUAACAAGUCUUCCAUCUGAGAAAGGGCCUCGCCUAUUGGUUGAGCACAUCUCAUACCAACAUCAGUACGACAGCCGCACGAACCCAAGCCAACCAAUCAGAGGAAAGAAACACGGCAGCUUUGUGUGGGACUGCUUCCAUCCAGUUUCCCCAGCCAAGCUCACAGUGAACAGAACGACUUUACUGUCAGCACCAUGGGCGUCUAACACACAGGACGAUAAGCAGUUGGGAGAAGCUACCAUUGGAUACCAGAAAGAAGUUGGGCUCGGCACGUUGGAUUCAACCAUACCGAGACUGUCAACCUUGCCCUCUGUUGCAUCUUGAAGAUUGUGGCAAAAACACAAAUCUAAGAGGACACUGUCACUAAAGUAAUGAUGAAUCCAGGGGUGCAUGGGUGCCUCCACCCCCAGCAAGUUUCAAUCAAUCAGUUGCCGUCCAGCCCUCCUGGCAUUAAACUUUUAACUACCGCCGUAAUUAUCUCUUUGAGUCAUCCCUCUUGGAGUGGGAUCAACCCCACUCCCCCCAAUUUUCAAACUGGGGUGACGGCCCCUUGGAAUCAUCUCCAGAAUUUGUAUUGCUCUGAAAAAGGAUGUCUGACUAGUGAGAAGCUUCUAGAUAGACUGAUCUUGAGCUGCCACUUCUGACUCCUCCACAGACCCGCCCAGUCAAGAGAGGUCCCUUUUGAUUGCAUUGUAUCUGUUUCCGCUAAGCAAGAUUGUUCUGUGCUAAGCAAGUUUUUGUGCUUACAGGCUUUGUGAAUUUGGGCCCUGCUAAGCCAAAAUUUGCAGAUAACAAGUCACAAACUAUACACAUUACAUUGGUAAUUGAGUAGUACAUGUACAUGUAACUAUUUUUGCUGCAGGGCAACAUUUUUCUGCGCUAAUCAUUUUAGUUGUUCGAGCGCAGCUUCUUUUUGAAAAAAUAAACCUAUGUGGUUGGGGCCCCGAGACCUCGCUACAUGUACAUAUGUAUGUAGUACUGUACUUUUCUAAGUGCUACUAACUUGAGUCUUGCCAACAACAAUUAUAUGAAAUAUUAUAUAUUUGUGUUUCCACUCUCAAUUUUAAUUUUUGUUUGUUAAAGAUUCACCUCGAUAAAAAGUUAUUUGUAUUUAAAAUUUAAAGUCAGAUUUGUAUUUGAAUCAACUUCUUUGUACAAAGUAAUUAUAUGUAUGAAUAUUUUUAUAUGUAU